AUGUCGGUUCCCCACCCCUUUGACCCUUUGACUCCAAGAGAAAUUGCAAAGGCUGCAGCUAUUGUACGCCAUGCAUUUCCCGGAAAAACCCCAAAUUUCCGAGUGAUUACUCUGAAGGAACCCCCAAAGGCAGAUAUGGUUCCCUUUUUGGAGCAAGUUCAUAACGGAGAGAGUGCACCGAAAAGGCCUGCGAGAGUUGCUCGUGUCCAAGUAGUCCUUCCCGGGGACUCUUCCGCAAAUCAAUUCAUUGAGCUCCUAGUCGACCUCGAGGACUCUACGAUCCUUAAGAAGGAACGUCUGAUCGGGAAGCAUCCAUACAUUGACUCUGAUUAUAUGAAAGCUGCUGAGAAGGCGUGCAUGUCGGAUCCAAAAGUUCAGGAAGAAAUUGCUCACCUACAACUGCCGGAUGGUGCUACUGUUGUUGUGGAGUCGUGGGCAUAUGCCACAGAUGGCACCAAGGACAUGUCGCAACGGACUACCAUGUGCUGGUUUUACAUGCGCUUGGUGGAUGAUGCCGAUGCGAAUUACUACGCCUAUCCACUCGAUCUCUGCGCGGAGGUAUCAGAGGACUUGAAAGUCACCAAGAUGUAUCAACUUCCUUCUGGUCCAGACGAUCGCAUUCACGACAAGCCAAAGCCAUUCGAUCGCCGCAAAAUCCACGGCGCGGAGAUAGAAUACAGCCCUGGCCUGAGAGCUUCCGCAAGGACAACUACAAAGCCAUACCAAGUGGUACAGCCGGAGGGUCCCUCAUUCAAGACUCAUGGAAAUCAUUUAGAAUGGGAAAAAUGGUCCAUGCACAUUGGUUUCAACUACCGAGAAGGUCUCACUCUUCAUGACAUUCGCUACGAUGGCCGAAGCCUCUUCUACCGCUUGUCCCUUGCAGAGAUGUUUGUGCCGUAUGGCGACCCUCGGGCUCCUUACCCUCGCAAGGGGGCAUUUGAUCUUGGCAAUGACGGGGCGGGCAUCAAUGCCAACAACCUCCGUCUGGGCUGUGACUGCCUCGGUCAUAUCAAGUACUUUGAUGGCUGGCACACGACUACUACAGGAGACCCACUGAAGCUUCCGAACGUAAUCUGCUGUCAUGAGGAAGAUGACGGCAUUUUAUGGAAACACACAAACUACCGGACCAGGAAUGCGGUGGUGACGCGCUCCCGGAUCUUGGUCCUGCAAACCAUCAUCACCGUUAGCAACUACGAAUACAUCUUCGCUUUCCAGUUCGGCCAGGAUGCAUCAAUUCAUUACGAAGUACGUGCUACUGGAAUCCUUUCGACCGCUCCGAUUGAUAUUGGCCACAAAGUGCCGUGGGGUACCAUUGUCGCGCCCGGUGUUCUAGCCCCUUAUCAUCAGCAUUUAUUCUCCCUGCGCAUGGAUCCCGCAAUCGACGGCCACGACAAUUCCUUGCAGGUCGAAGAAUCACAUGCCAUACCUGUGGACGUACGAGAUUUUGAUCAUACCGGUAAAUCUCAAGCCCAGAUUGACACAUAUAACAAUCCUUUCGGCGUCGGGUACGUCACGCACUCUUCCAUCGUGGAGAAAGAAGGCGGCUUGGACCUUGAUUUCACCAAGAAUCGCACCUUCAAAAUCAUUAACGAGAAUGUCAUCAAUCCGGUAACCGGAACACCCGUAGGCUUCAAGCUGCUUCCCGCCUAUAGUCAGAUGCUGCUCGCACACCCGGAUUCAUACCAUGCCAGGCGCUCAGAGUUCGGACAGCACGCCGUCUGGGUUACUCGGUACACUGAGGAAGAACACUUCCCAUCAGGCCGUCACACUAUGCAGUCACUAGGCGGUGAUGGGAUUGCUUCAGCUAUUGCCAAGCGAGCUGAAACUGAGCAUUCUUCGGUGCGGAAUAAGGAUAUUGUCAUCUGGCACACUUUCGGAUCGACCCACAACCCCCGAAUCGAAGACUGGCCCGUCAUGCCGUCGGACAAGAUGGUUGUUGGUCUCAAACCUGUCAAUUUCUUCACCGGUAAUCCUGGUCUUGACGUUGCAAUGUCGACACAGGAGAGCAACCGGAGUGUUCUGGUUGAUGGAGGGGAUGAUGUUGACUCCAGGUCCGGUUGUUGCAAUCUAUAG